AUGCCAAGAACACGUAAACAGAGUGCUGCCACACGCCGACGCAUUGUUAGGAAUCGAGUUCAAGAAGAACGAGAUUCUCUAAGAACUACACAAAACAAUGCUAUUCGGCGAACAUAUGGCGCAGAAUGGAGGAGACUACGUCGACAAAGCCAAGAAUUUCGAAUGGCAGAAAGACGACGUGAUGCUGCUGCGCACACAACUAGACGAGAGGACACGCAAUUCAGAACAACUGAGCAGCAACGUGAUGCUACUGCACAUAUGCAGAGACGGGAGAAUUCGGAAUACCGUAUAAUGGAACAGGAAAGGAAUACUACUGAACAUGCACGUAGACGUCUGAACGAGUUGUACCGAAGAGAGGAGCAAGAAGUGGAUACAGCAGCGCAUUCUCAAAGACGACGGAAUCCAAUAUAUCAUGAGGAAGAACAACAAAGGAACACUGCAGAACAUGCACGAAGACGUCAGUGUGAGAUCUACCGUAGAGAGGAACAAGAAAGGGAUACUGCUGCACAUUCUCAACGACGCCAGAAUCCCAUAUACCAUGAUCAGGAACAACUUAGGAAUACUGCCGAACAUGCAAUAAGACGUCAGAAUGAGUUGUACCGCAGAGAGGAGCAACAAAGGGACACCGUAGCGCAUUCUCAACGACGACAGAACGCCGUAUACCAUGAUCAGGAACAACUUAGGAACACAAUCGAACAUUCUAUUAGGCGCCAGGAUAUACUGUUUCAUGAUCAGGAACGGCUUAGAAACACCACCGAACAUGCUAUUAGACGCCAGGACCCCAUAUAUCAUGAAGAUGAGCAACAAAGGAAUACUGUGGAACAUGCCAAUAGACGCAGGGAUCCAAUAUAUAACGAGGAAGAACAACGAAGGAACACAGUAUCGCAAUCGCAAAGACGACAAAAUCCCGAAAUUCGUGUGACAGAGCGUUUACGAAAUACGCUACAACGGCAACAAAGGCGAAUCGUGCAGAGGAGCGAACAACAGGAUUUGAACCGGUCAAUUAGGUCUAGAGUGGACUCCCAUAGACGAAACCCCAGCAAUAGGAUUCGGGCCAACACGCAACAGGCCGAACGAAGCAGAAGGCGUAGAAAUAGUAUUUCAUAUGAAGAAAGGCAAGAGGAGUCAGCGCGAUUAAUUACACGACGAAAUCAACUGAAGUUCCAGCGAUACAAUGAUGUUAUUAAACAAGGACCAACAAGGAUAUGCACAUGCUGUGGCGGUUUAUGGUUUCCUCACCAGGUGGAAUCAUUGCAAAAACAAGACUUUCCGGACAUCCCGAGUCCUCUAAAAGACUUAACGUCGGUAGAGGAACGAUUGGUUACAGCACGAUUGCCUUUCAUGAUAAUCGUUGCUCUCGUUAGUGAAACGGUAACAUCCCUGCCAAGAAACUUCGAUCAAGCUCAGGUGAUUCAAUUACACCUUAAACGUCGCAUGGCAUAUCAGCAUGAUUAUAUGACUGAAACAAUCAGACCAGCGAAG